AUGGCAUACCAUAGCUCUCCUCUCUUGUCCUUGUUAGCUGCUCAAUACCAUUACAGUACCAAACGGGGCUUAGUUUAUGCUAAACACACACUUCAUGCAAGAAGUGACACCCAUGACAAUUACCUGGAUGCUGUAGACAAUGGCCGACCCGCAGCUAAUCCUCAUUAUCUGCGUAUUUCAAAAGGAACUGCAGUGCCGGUUUCCUUAACCUUUGAUCGUGAGCGGGGUGCCCGGUUCACCCUUCAACCAUCGCAUUCGAUGUCAUUGGCCGUUCUGAACGAGACUCUUACCAAAUUUUAUGCCAAAGCAGGUGUUAUGGUCAGUCCGGAAGAAUGGCUGGGGAAGAAUCCCUAUCAUGAAGCAUCCUUCGAUCAUACAGAGGAGUGGAUGAACAUGUAA